AAGUCAUUAAUCUGAUUAUGAUGUUUUUCUUCUUUCCAGAGUGCAGGAGAUAGGAAUAGGAACAUAUGCAAGAAUUCAAUAUUUUUGAUAGUUGACUUGCCUCAAAACUGGUUUAUUUUUUAUUACUUUUUUCAUUCAAAUUAAAAUGAGUGUCACCACAAACAGUCACACAUCACUACCUCCAAUCAAAAAAUGGACAGCUAGGCAAUGGAAAAUCCUCCCUGAAAAAGGAGGCUCUGUUGCCAUAAAUGAUGUUAAGCUGAAGCAAGGAUUUUUGGGGAACUUGGAGAAAAAAUCCUGCACUGAGUUAGAAGAACUUAUUAUGCGUCAAGACAAGCUAUUAUCCAAUCAAAUGUUUAUUGACAAGCUUCCAGAUAAAGGCCAGAAAAUUAAAAAUAGAAGGGAUGACUUGCAGCGAGCUUUAGAGCAAGCAAGGAAGAAUGGUGAGAAGCAAGAAGUUUUACCUGAUAUAAAUGCACUUGAGUGGCAGUGGCGUGACCCAAUGGAUCUUUCCAAAAGCAUGCAUCAUGAAAUUAAUGGUGCAUCAAAAGAUAUUCUUGACAGUGAUGAUGAUGAAGACCCUCUAGAGCUGCUUGCUCAUCACAGCAGUGCAGUGCCUCCAAGACGCUCUAAUCAUGGGGCACCUGAGGAUGACCCAGCUGAUGCUAUUAGGGAAGAGCUAUGGAAAUUAGAACUAAAUGAUAAUUCAGUUUCCAAAACUGUUAGCCAAAGAAGUGACUCCAAUCAACCAAGUUGGCUAGGUGACUUUGGCUCUAAGACAAUUGCAUCAUUGGAGAAAAAAAGUAAACCUAGAGAAGUUUUCAAACCAUUUAGACCCCGCCUUAACCAGAAUUUACUUCCUGCAAAUCUUGAUGAUGUAGAACCCAAAGCACCAACUUCUAUUGUAGGCAUACAAAAUACACAACCUGGAAAUACCAAAGUUCCACAGAAAGAAGACAAGAAAAGUAUUUCAUCAAUGGAACAAACCUCAAUCACAGUCAAUUUAUCCAAUGAACCAGUUUUUGGAGCUCCUGCACAACUUUCAAGUACAAUGACGUUUUCAUCAUAUAGAAAUUCUCCCUUAUGGGCAAGUGGCAGUAAUAAAGGGAACAGCUGCACUAAGUUGGUGUCACUGCGGGAAAGUGUAACGCUAGAGAGAGAGGCUCUACAGCGGGCAAAGAAAGCACAACUUGAAGAAGCAACAGCUCGUCUCAAAGAAUCCAAACUGGGCUCCAAGCCUAACUCCACUCAUAGAAUAUUUUCAUACAGAGAUGUGAACACAGCUCAUCAUUUGCUGGAACAAGACCUUGAUGAGGUUGGAGAUGUCUUCACUCACCACAGAGGAGUCUGCAUUGAAGACAGCAGUGAAUCUUCUGAAGGAUCUGAUCAAGAGGAUUAGUGCUCUGAUCUAAACGUUAACUCUCAAUGAAUUUUGCGUAUGCCUUUAUCUCUUUAAUUUGUCCAGAAAAAUUAUACUAGACAUGAUUCUGUAUUUCCUGAACAUUUACUUUGAUUUUAAUUUUAACUCAAGGUAAAGUUCGAGUAAUUUCUUACAAAAUGUUGAUAUUAAUGCUGUUGAAUCUUCCUGAAUCCAAACUGAUAAAUCUUAUAAAACUUUCUCCGGAAUAUUACUUUCAAAUAAAGUCCCAACGUUUGUA